AUGGCUGCUUCCGCCCCCAAGGUCGAGGCCACCCCUGCUCCUCAGCUGAGCGGCCUCCAGCUCUACUCCAGAUUCGCCUUCGCCGGUGCUGUCUGCUGUUCCGUCACCCACGGAGCUCUGACUCCCGUUGAUGUCGUCAAGACCAGAAUCCAGCUGGACCCCGUCACCUACAACCGCGGUCUGAUCGGUGGUUUCCGCCAGGUGAUUGCCAACGAGGGUGCGGGCGCUCUCCUCACCGGCUUCGGCCCUACCGCCGCCGGUUACUUCCUCCAGGGCGCGUUCAAGUUCGGUGGUUAUGAGUUCUUCAAGCAGCAGUGGAUCAACCAGCUGGGUUACGACACCGCCUCCAACUACCGCACCGCCGUCUACCUUGCCUCGUCCGCUACCGCCGAGUUCUUCGCCGAUAUUGCCCUCUGCCCUCUGGAAGCCACCCGUAUUCGUCUCGUCUCGGAACCCACCUUCGCUAGCGGUCUCCUCAGCGGUUUCGGCAAGAUCCUGAAGAACGAGGGUGUCGGUGCUUUCUACUCUGGAUUCGGUCCCAUCCUCUUCAAGCAGGUCCCCUACACCAUGGCCAAGUUCGUCGUCUUCGAGAAGGUCGUUGAGGCUGCCUACGGCGUCAUUGACAAGAACACCCUGUCCGACGGUGGUAAGACCGCCGUCAACCUGGGCUCUGGUCUCCUUGCCGGUUUCGCCGCUGCCCUUGUCUCCCAGCCCGCCGACACCAUGCUCAGCAAGAUCAACAAGACCAAGGGCCUUCCGGGUGAGGGCACCACCUCCCGUCUCAUCAAGAUCGGCAAGGAGCUUGGCCUUCGUGGCAGCUACGCUGGUAUUGGUGCUCGUCUCUUCAUGGUUGGAACUCUUACUGCCGGUCAGUUCGCUAUCUACGGUGACAUCAAGCGUGUCCUCGGUGCCACCGGUGGUGUUGAGAUUGGCAAAUAA